UAAAUUAUCGUGGGCUCAGGCUAAAUCCAAAAUGGUGGACGAAGAGUAUUCUAAAGUUAGAAAGAAAGGAGAUGAUAAAGAGGAGCUCGAGGGGGAGACAAGCCGACCUUACCGAAGAAAGCUAAAAAACAAAGAAAAAGAUAAGAAAAGACAAAGAAGUAGAAGCAGAAGUAGCAGUAGUUUGUCUUCAGAUUGCAGUAGAGAAAGAUCAAGAUCAAAAGAUAAGAAGAAGAAAAAGAAACAAAGGUAUUCCAGCAGCAGCUCAUCAGAUGGAUCUUCUAGUUCUUCAGAUAAUUCAGAGAAAAAGAGAAAAUUGAAAAGAUAUUCCAGCAGUAGUUCAUCAGAUGGAUCUUCAAGUUCUUCAGAUUCUUCAGCUGAGAGAAGAAAGAAAAGAAAAAAAUCAAAAAAAAAGAAAUCAAAGAAGGACAAGAAAUCAAGCAAAAAAUCUGGUCCUGUUCAACUGUCUCAAUUCAUGAAAGAAAAGAAUUCAAGUCGAAGUGCUGUGUCAGGGAAGAAAAUCAAGAUGAAAGUUAAAAAAUCCAGCAAAGAUAAGGAGAUGGAGAAAAACAGAAAACAUCUCCUUGCAUUUUUAAACCAGACAAUGUGAAAAGAUCGAUGUUUUUAUUUAAAUGGUCAUCAUAGCAACCGUGUGAAAUUUGUUACCAUAGCAACAUCUUUCCUUGUGAAAAGGUUUCGCAAUCAAGACAGUUGGAGAAUUUCCUACUUGGAACUUUUUAUGACGGGGAAAUCGUCCAAACAUGCUUGCAUGUAUAAACAACCAAUGACAAAAGCAAAAUUGUUUUUCCCUGUUUGGAAAACGGUCGUGCGUACCGACAGCUUACCGACGAUCCAACGUACCAUAUUUGGGGCUUUACGAGAACCAACAACUGACCGGUUUCGAAGGUCAUUUUUGGGGCAUUGUGACCCUAGUACUGCGCGAAGAAUAUUGAAGAAAACCUCGUAUAUAUACUUAACAGGUUGUCAUUUUUUGGGAAGAAAUUAUACGCCAUAUUCACUUCAUUGACAAAAGAGUAGAAGACACGUAUGUACUUAAGGUAGAGAAACGAGGCUAGUUUGAAACGAUGUUUUGCUCCAGUUGAAACUAAAUGGCGCAAUACAUUAUGGUAGAGUUUUGGUGUAAAUGAGAGUGGCUGAUAACCAGCCGUCACUUUGUACAAAAUAAAGCGAUUCUACAUACCGCGUGACGCUUAUAAUUUUGAAAUUAACAUACCGCAAUGCAUUAUGGUAGAACCCAAGUGUCGUGGGAUGUAGCUAACCACUAGAUGUCACGUUAUGUAAAUAAAGCGAUUCUACAUACUACGUGACGCUUACUCUAGUCUUGAAAUUAACAUACCGCAAUGCAUUAUGGUAGAACCCACGUGUCAUUGGAUGUAGUUAACCACUAGAUGUCACCCAAUGUAAAAAUAAAGUUAUUCUACUUACGA